AUGACCGAUGAUUGUGAUAUGGUUGGUGAUUCUCCGAGCAAGGGCGGGUAUGAUAUUCCGAUGGACGUUUGCGGGCUGUGCGACCUAGAGGAUACUCUUGCGAACCUCUGCUGUGAGAAGAAGGGCAUGAAACUUCAUCAGCGGUGCUUCAACGCCAUUCGGGCGCACGACGCCUUCGUGGAGAAGGGAGCCCCAGAACAGGUCAAAGAAAAAAUGGAAAAUGAAUUUCAUAAUGAUCGUAAGGGAUGGAAGACUCGAGUUCUGCCCUGGGUGGAGCCUGAAAAAAGAGAUGCAGCUCGGACAGACACCAAGGCCAAGUUCAUGAGCAUACAGGACACCAUCAGCAAGGAGACGAAGAAGGACCUGAAUGACGAUUUGACCCUCAACUUGGUUCAGUUCCAGGCCUUCCACGGUUUCUGGAACCGCAUGUCCGACCCAGACAGCCUCAAAUUGUUCUGGAAAACGCACAAAGAACAAAAAGGGAUUGCCGACAUCAUGGAGAAUGGCCAGAGGAUUGCCCAGGUGAAGCAAACUGACAUUGCGCGCACCAGGCACUCGAAAGGCGUUAGCACGGUCGAUUCGAUGGCCAAGAUGACCCCCGUGGAUGAGAACACCUUCGAGAGCAAGCGGAGGCGGCUAACUGGGAAAACUAAAUUUGCUGGUGCACAACACGAGACCUCGUCCUCAUCGGACGACGACAAGAAAUCUAACAAGUCAAGUGGCAGGCGCAGCAUCGUGGACAUCAACAUCGACGACCAGACCAGGGAGCGCAAAUUGCCAACCCAGUCUGAAAUCAACGACUGCGAUCCCGUGAGGUUCAUGAUGAUGAAAACAAUGUGGCGCAAAAUGUCGGAUCACGUGUCCAAAGGAUUCCAAGACCCAUCGACGGGCUACAUCAAGCAGUUGAGGCAAGCAUCAGAAGGAGUUUCUCAAACUCAGGAGCGGGACCUACCAUUGCCCACGGCGACCUUGAUCACCAACCUGACUACUAUGUAUCAAGACCUCGACCAAGAGACUGAUAAGGUCAAACCUGCUAACAAGGCUACAUUCCUCAAGGUGGUCACAGACAUCGACGAGAAGAUGAAGAAGCUCGAAAACGAGAAGGGCUCGGUGAGGGACCAGCUCUCCGGCCUCAAAUUCAUCAAUGACGAGUCGAAGGACAAGAACAGGAAGGAGUACAUGAAUCACUACAACAAGUCAGUUAACAUCCAGAAGCGCUUGAUUAAAGGCCAGUUCGCCAAGGAGGUAGCCAACAUCUGGUCGAGGUCCCUGUACGCUGGCGUCGGGGAGGAGCAGAAGGCUGCGAUGCUUGGUGGAGUAGCAGACGCCUCCCAGAAGGACAAGGCCAAGGGCGGGAGGAAGGUGAAGCCGCUGAUGUUGCAAUGCCAGCCCACAUUGAAUUCUGAUCCUAUUGACUUCGAGAAGGUCGGCACCUGGACUGAUGGAGCUCUCUUCGGCGCUGUGAAGAAGUACAUGGCUACGAUCAAGGAGGUCAUCGAUUCCAAGAUCGAGGGCGUCGUGCAGGCGUUUGAUCAGAGGGGGUCCAAUUGGAUGGGAUGCCUGGGCCGCCUCAACGUCUCGCCCCCAGAAGAGCACGCGCUCGAUGUUCUUGGUGAUGGCUACUUCGAACUGGGCGCGAAGGAGUGGGUGCCGUGGCUCUGCACAGUGAGGGCCGACGCGUUCAGGUGCGGACCGUCCGCAUUCCCAUUGAACGGGUACUCUAGCUUAGUGAUCUCGCUCACCGAUAACAUGUAUUUUGUCCUACUUCCAGCUGCCAGCAUCAUCAACCAAGGCAUCAUCCUAGCCGACGCACCAAAGUUCUUGGCUUCUGAUGGCGCUACGUCCACGUUGGAGCGUGGCUACUUGGUGAAGGCGAAGAUUCACGAGAUCCUAUACGUGCCCUACGGCGUCAUCGUGCUACCACUCUUCUACCCGCAGAGCCGCGACAGCAACCAGAAGAACGAGCUGGGCCAUUGCAUGGUCUUGCCGCUGCUGCACCAGCAGCGCAUGAAGGCAGCGCCCACCUCGCUCACCACGGCUAUUUCCAGCACCAACCUCAGCUUUCUGGCCAGCCAGCCCCAGCAGAUGUACAAGGAUAGGGCCAAUGGGCUUCGCAAGUUUCAC